AGGUUCCAGGCUCAGAGCGCUCCGGGCGCUGAGAGCGGGCGGGCGGGCGCCAGGACAGGGCCGGUGCGGGCGGCGAGGUGGGCGAAAGAGGCGCGGAGGCAGCCGAGCGGUCCGGGCGCUGCAGCCAGCGUCUUCCAGGCGGCGGCUUCGACCCUUGGUGCGCCCAUCAUCCCAAGUCUCUGCGCCCAGGGCGCACGGUGGGGAAGGAUACGGCUCCGGCUCCCCGGCCGCCAUGGAGCCGGCCCCCUCCACCGACGCCGAGCUGCAGCCCCCACUCCUCGCUACCACUUCGGACGCCUUCCCCAGCGCCUUCCCCAGCGCGAGCGCCAAUGCGUCGGGGCCGCCAGGUGCCCGCAGCGCCUCGUCCCUCGCUCUGGCCAUCGCCAUCACCACGCUCUAUUCGGCUGUGUGCGCUGUGGGGCUGCUGGGCAACAUGCUCGUCAUGUUUGGCAUCGUCCGGUACACUAAGAUGAAGACGGCCACCAACAUCUACAUCUUCAACCUGGCCUUGGCAGAUGCACUGGCUACCAGCACGCUGCCCUUCCAGAGCGCCAAGUACCUGAUGGAGACGUGGCCCUUUGGGGAACUGCUCUGCAAGGCUGUGCUUUCCAUUGACUACUACAAUAUGUUCACCAGCAUCUUCACACUCACCAUGAUGAGUGUCGACCGCUAUAUCGCCGUCUGCCACCCUGUCAAGGCUCUGGAUUUCCGCACACCCGCCAAGGCCAAGCUGAUCAACAUUUGCAUCUGGGUCCUGGCCUCGGGUGUUGGUGUACCCAUCAUGAUCAUGGCUGUGACUCGUCCCCGGGAUGGGGCAGUGGUGUGCACGCUCCAGUUCCCCAGCCCCAGCUGGUACUGGGACACGGUGACCAAGAUCUGCGUGUUCCUCUUCGCCUUCGUCGUACCCAUUCUCAUCAUCACGGUAUGCUACGGGCUUAUGCUUCUGCGCCUGCGCAGUGUGCGCCUGCUGUCAGGUUCCAAGGAGAAGGACCGCAGUCUGCGGCGUAUCACGCGCAUGGUGCUAGUGGUGGUGGGCGCCUUCGUGGUGUGCUGGGCGCCCAUCCAUAUCUUCGUCAUCGUCUGGACGCUGGUGGACAUCGACCGCCGCGACCCUCUCGUGGUGGCCGCGCUGCACCUGUGCAUCGCGCUCGGCUAUGCCAACAGCAGCCUCAACCCCGUGCUCUACGCCUUCCUCGAUGAGAACUUCAAGCGCUGCUUCCGCCAGCUCUGCCGCUCGCCCUGCGGCCGCCCGGAGCCCAGUAGCUUCAGCCGCGCCCGCGAAGCCACGGCCCGCGAACGGGUGACCGCCUGCACCCCGACCGACGGUCCCUGACCAGGACCGACCGGCCCGCCGCACACCCCUCCGGAGUGACCUGGCGGUCACACCGAGUCCUAAUGGGGGCGGGGGCCACGACGCGGAAGGGAGCGGAAGGAGGCCUCGGUUUUGGAGAAGGGGGCUGGGCUUGAGACAAUGAAUGCAGGGGCCGAAAGAUGGGGCUCCGGAAGUGGGUGGAUCGCUGGUCUGGGGCGGGGCAGAGGGCAGGACAGUGGGGCGGUGCCUCUGGAUUGAGCGCACGAUGGAGGGCUCUGGGACGGGGGGCAGGAGGAGGAGCUAGCGACUCCAGAGGAGUGGGACCUGUGGCUCUAGAACUGGGCAGAUAAGCGGCACCUCUACAGUGGGGCGGGACCUCAACCUUGGGACAGCCUCGAGUUCUAACCCUGAGCCGAGCCCGUGGGAAUGAGGAUCCUGCUCGAGACCUGAAGAUCCUGGGCCCAGGACUCAAGAGGGGCAGUGGUCUGAGAAUUCAGCUGAACGGUUGGGCCUCUGUGUAAGUGAGCAGGGGCCUCUUUUGGAGUGAGUUGGAAGGACAGGACAAUGAGGCGUGGCUACUGCUCCAGAUUGGGCCGCCGAGAAAGGGCCUAUGUGCAGGAGAUAGGGGCCUCAACUUUGGGGUAGGUCCCAGCCUCAAGUUCUAGCAAGAGGAGGGGCUCGCCGAGGUCCUUCAACUUGACAUCUUUAUAAAUAAAGAGAAAAUAAAAUAGAGAGAGAAGGAGAGAAAUACGUAUACCUUGUCUCUCCUUGACAGUCAUUUCCUUGGAAUGGGCAGAAGUGCCUCGGCAUCAGAGUCGUGUCCCCAGCACUGCGUCCCCCUGGGGGUUGGGACACGACAGUGGAGCAGGGCCAGUGGCUCCAAGAUAGGGUAGUGGGACAGGGCCUCAGUUUGGGUAGGAUCCCCAGCCCCCAGUUCUAUCGGGGCUCAGAAGGAGUAAGGAGGUGCGGUGGCUUCAGUUCCAAAAAAACAGAGCUGCAGGUCAGCGUCUGUACCAAGGGAUGGUGGUAGGGGACUGAAGUGGGAAGUGGGAGGUGGUUCUGCUUUGAGGUUAGGUCUUAGAGCCAGAGGGCAGCUGCUUUUUUUUUGGGGGGGGGGUGUCUCUAGAACCCUGGCUUCUCUGGCCCAGGUGCUGGAGGACAGAAGACCGCGAGUUAGAGCUCUCUGGAGAGUAAGUGCACCUGGAACUGGGUGGGGCGGCUGAAGCACCAGUGCAGUUUCCCUCCUCCCAGGCUCUGGGUCUUUGGCUCCUGAGAAGAACCUCGGAGAAAUCCUCUCCCUUCUAACAUCUGGCUGUGCCCAGUGUGUCCAGUGUUUCCAGUGAGCUGGAACUGCCCACACAGGGACCUGACUGAAGGAACUGGGGGGCAAGGCUUUUAUAACUGUUAUGCUAAUAUCAAUGUGUGCCACCCUCUCUCUUUCCCCCUAGACUUCCAGGUCCCCCACCUGUUCUAGCUGCCCCCUCCAAGCCGAGGGGGGGUUCCACUGAGAGCUAGGCAUAGAAGUUCUUCUCUUCAUUUGGUUGGCAUUUUAUUCAGGCAUUCUCAGAUCUUUGCUUCCCCCAAUAUCAGGGUCUGUCCUUGUUUCCGGUGCCUCAUCCCCACCCCCACCCCCAUAGACACUGCCUCAGGCAUAUAUCCUGACUCCCUAUUGAAGCUGUAUUCUGACAUCCUUGUAAAAACAAAUUUAAUUUUCUUCCCUUUUUGGGACAGAUAGAAAGAAAUUGACGUCUUUGUCUCAAACCAAAAAAAAAAAAAAAGAAAAAAAGAAAGAACAAUAUACUUCUUUUCCCUUGACAGUCAUUUCCUUGGAACAAAAGCCUUUCCGCUGUCUGGGAGGCUGUCACUCCAACAGGGGCUGAACUAUCAUUCACGGGGUUGGGGGAUUAGACACCAAGAUGGGCUUUGGGCACAUUAGAAGUAGGGAUGCCCUUAGUGGGCAAAGUACAGCCCAUUUUUCAGGGUGAGGUCCCCGAAAGCUGAGGACCUGGGACAUUUUUCCUCCAGGAAAGGCUCCACUAGUGCCCUGGAAGAUGUGGGGCAGUGCCCAGCACUCACAUCCAGCCUGCUAAGCCUCCUAGGCCUGAGGUGCCAGCUCACCUUAUCACCUUCACCAUCCAAAUGGAGCCUGUGACCAUAGAGACCUCUGUGUCUGAAUGGGGGUGAGUAUCAGCAAGGCAGGAACACUCCUGGACACUGCUUAUCACUUUGGGACCCCUCCUGAGAAUGCCUUGGGGAGAUGUCAGAGGAAGGGGACAAUUUAGGAACUGGGGAAGACUCCUGAAGGAGGUGACAUUGGAUCCAAUUCUGCUUAUUCUUGCAAGGACUGUGUCCCCUUCAACGUCUCCCAGGACAGGCCUGUCUCAAGGCUGCUCCAGGUCUGCUCACUGACAUUUCCUGUGCCUAUGACAGAUCUGGCUCCCUUUUACCACUUCUCAUGUAUAAGUUUGUCCUGGGCUCAGCAGGGGCUGGGUUCAGACCACAUUGCAUUUAAGGUAAAGCAAAACGUAUUGAAAUCUACUGCAUGCCAGGCUGUGCACAUUGGGCACUGGAAUUUGGAAAUGAGUCAGACACACCUCUGCCCUCAGAAAGUUUGAGCCUGUGCAGGGAGACAAAGCAUAAACAGAUCACUGCAUCUCAGUGUGAUUGAUGCCUGCAGUGACAAAGCCCCGGGGAGGAUGUCAUAGGAAAGUGCCUUUCCUAGCUUUUUACUGAAACAUUUGUAGCAAUUCUGGAAGAGGUGGAAAGGGGUCAGAGGACCUUAAAGGAUGACUAGGGGUUGGCCACCAGGAGGAGGGCACAGCGUGUGCAAAAUCAUGGAAAUGUUCAAGUGCUUGGCAAACCCAAGAAGCUGUGUGCAGCUGAAGCAUGGAACUUAACUGAGUGGUUCUGAUGCUAACCCUUGGCGGACAUUGGGUGGGGAGUGGGAAAAAUAGUAUUACUCUUAUUUUAGAGGGAAGUCAGGCUCAGAGAGGUAAAGCCAGUCACCUCUAAGUCACAGAGCUUGUUAGUGGUGGCAGAACUCAGGGCAGUAGAACUCCAGGGUCCAAGUAUCCAGUGAAUUCCAGGCAUCAUUGAAGUAGAAGAACCUUAGUAUCUGGAACCCAGGAUGAGGUUUCUGAAGACUUAAAACCAAAAAAAAAUCUGAAGGAAAGGGCAAUUUUCUAUGAACUUUUGUUCCUUCUUGCACUCUCCAGCUCUUCACAUUUCAAAAUGUACUGUGCAUGCUGCAUUUUAUAACUCCAAAUUGACAGUGUAAUUCUAGAUCAUCACAAGGCUCUCAAGGCUGUGGAGUAGGUCUGAUUUCCCCCCAAAUUUCUAUUUCUCUCUUUUCAGGAGGUGGGAGGGAGGUUUUUGCCUCUGGUUCCAAAAUGUCCUACAGUUUCAGUGAUUGAGGCUAGAGUCAGAUCUUGGCUUUCCCUCUCUGUGCCUCAGUUCCCUCCUCUGUAAAAUGAACUUCCUUCAUGGGGUCGUUGUGAGGAUUUAAUGAGUAAUGUAUGUAUAACAAAAAAGAUUAAUAAAAACAAGAUAAUUAUUUUUCAACCCGCUUAUUCUAGUUCAGGACUGCAGGUGGCCAGAGCCUCUCCUGGCAGCUCAGGGCACAAGGCAGCUCAGGGCACAAGGCAGGACCCUACCCUGGACAGGACACCUUUCCUCCAAAGACCCACUCACACACACACCCACACUCACUCAGACAGGGACCAUUUAGACAUGCCUAUUCACCUCACGUGCAUAUUUUUGGGAUCCCACACAGACAUGGGAGAACGUGCAAACGCCACACAGUGGCCCUGGCCAGGAAUCCAUUUUUUUCCCCUCAUCAGUGUUCUAAUGACAUGACCUUGAAUGAAACGUUAUUCGAGGACCUGCUGUAAAGGCCCCAGCACUGAAGGAAGCUCUUAGCACAUGGUAAGUUGCCUUCAUUACUUAGAAGUGGAGUUGCAGUGCAGGUCAGAGCUAGAGACCUAGAAGGAAGGUAGAUGAGCUUUCAGAACGAGUCAUGAAGAGAAAGAAGAAACGGGGGACCCAGCCUGGGAAUCCCUCUAGGCUCAGGAGCCGCUGUGGAGAAUGAGAAGCUGUUGAGAAGAAGGAGGAGGAUGGGGAGAUUGUGCUGUCAUGGAAACUGGAGGA